AUGGCCGAAGCAGCGUCGCCGAUUGGCAUUGCCAAUGUAUGUCAACCCGUCGAGGAAGAUUAUAUACCAUACAUGGACAGCAGUUGACACUCCGCGUAGCUUCCAAACCAGCGCCACAAGAUCGUAGCCAAGCGCGGUGCAGCUUUCACCAUCAUGGUUGCAGGCGAGUCUGGUCUUGGAAAGACGACCUUCAUAAACACCCUCUUCAGCACCACCAUCAAGAACUACGCCGACCACCGCCGACGUCAUGCUAAGCAGGUCGACAAGACCGUUGAGAUCGAGAUCACCAAGGCCGAGUUGGAGGAGAAGUUCUUCAAGGUCCGCUUGACCGUCAUCGACACUCCUGGCUUUGGCGACUACGUGAACAACCGAGAUAGCUGGCAGCCCAUCAUUGAGUUCUUGGAUGACCAGCACGAGAGCUACAUGCUUCAGGAGCAGCAGCCAAAGAGAACCGAGAAGAUUGACCUGAGGGUACACGCCUGCCUGUACUUCAUCCGCCCAACCGGUCACACCCUGAAGCCAUUGGACAUUGAGGUCAUGAAGCGCCUGUGCUCACGAGUGAACUUGAUCCCAGUCGUUGCCAAGGCGGAUACCCUCUCUCAAGCCGACCUUGCCAAGUUCAAGCACCGCGUAAGUCUUGCCGUCUUCUUACUUCGCGAGCAAGCGCAGAAGUGCUGAUAAUUCUUAGAUCCGAAACGUCAUCGAAGCUCAAGGCAUCAAGAUAUACACCCCACCGCUCGAGGAAGACGACGAGGCCGGCUUGCAGCACGCUCGUAGUCUGAUUUCUGCCAUGCCGUUCUCCGUGAUAGGAUCCGAGCGCGAUGUCAGCACUCCCGACGGCCGCACCGUCAAGGGACGCCAGUAUGCGUGGGGUGUUGCCGAGGUCGAGAACGAGGAGCACUGCGACUUCAAGAAGCUGCGCGCCAUCCUAAUCCGCACCCACAUGCUUGACCUGAUCCACACCACCGAGGAGAUCCACUACGAGGCCUACCGCGCACAGCAGAUGGAGACGCGGAAGUUCGGCGAAGCGAGACCCAGGAAGCUUGAUAACCCCAAGUUCAAGGAGGAAGAGGAGCAGCUCAGGAAGCGAUUCACCGAGCAGGUCAAGGUGGAAGAGCAGCGUUUCAGACAGUGGGAGCAGAAGCUCAUUUCCGAGCGUGACCGCCUCAACAAGGACUUGGAGCAAAGUCACGCCGUCAUCAAGCAGCUUGAAGCGGAAGUCGAAGGCCUGCAAGGCAGCAUGUCCCGAACCGGCAGACGCUAG